AUGAUUGUGGAGCAGACCGGCGCGGGCAGCCGCGCUGGGGUUCAUGUCUCUCCAAUCGAGGUAUUUACGCGGAGAGGCGGUGUGAUGCGCCAAGGCGGUGCGCCUGUUUACACGCACAGCGCAGAGGCCGUUCGUAAUCCCUGGCAUUCAAGUUCCGCUUUAAAACGGUGGUAUCAUACAUUCGUUGACGGGGCCGCUUUGCUCACAACCAUCCCCCCUGCUCGUCGCCAGCCCCGCUCCCCAGCAUCUAAUACAUCUAUUCACGCACGUCGCCGCACAACCGCCCCCGAGAACCAUGUCGGAAAUCAAAGGAACCUUGUCAUCGUUGGUGAUGGUGCUUGCGGAAAGGUCCAUGUACCCAUCGUGUUCCGGAACUACGUUGCCAAUGUCGAGGUCAAUGAUAGACGAGCCGUAACCCCCGAAGAGGGUAUGGCAGUCGCCCAGAAGAUCGGGGCAAAGCACUACCUCGAGUGCUCCGCCAAGUCGGGUGAGGGCGUCCGCGAAGUCUUCCAGUACGCCACCCGCGCCGCACUGCUCAGCAGAGGAAAGGGCAAGAAGAGCCACCAUUGCAUCGUGUUGUAG